CCUGUUCCACACAUUCACACUGAAGCCCUGCUCAGACUUGAGAGAGCAACAGUUCAACUCUAUUGUUCUUCUAGCAGCACCUGGGAUACGCCAGGUAAUCUUGGUAACGUUGCGCAAGCAGCGAAUGAGCUCCGAGCAGCGUGAGCCCCCAUGUAGCGCUGCCGGUCCCCUCCAGCAUGAUGAGCCUCUCGGACUACGACUCUGACGGGUACUCGUCCACUGAAGACGCGGACUACGUCCCAUCAGACGAUGACCUCAGCGAGGAUGACCUCAAUGAGUGUGAAAGGGAGGAGCCUCUGCACGAGGGCGACGGCGUGCCGCUUCCCGACGACGCCAGCAAGAAGAAGAAGAAGAAGAAGAAGGACAUCGGCGUGAGGAAGAGGAAGAAAGGAGUCCUGAAAGUGGACGGGGAAGAGGAAGAGGGGGGCGGAGCCGAGGUGGAGGAGGCGCCGCAGGAGGAGUGGGGGAGAGGCCCCGCGGUGCGCGAGGAGGACGACGUGAAGCAGAAGAAGAAGUCCGACGACCUCUGGGCCAGCUUCCUGUCCGACGUCGGGUCCAGACCCAAAGAGGACUCGGCCGCCUCGGAGACCAGGACCGCCUCGGAGACCAGGACCGCCUCGGAGACCAGGACCGCCUCGGAGACCAGGACCGUGCAGAAGGCUGCUCCUCUGAGGACAGAAGCUCCUGCGAUGGUGACCAUCACCAAAGUGUUUGACUUCGCUGGAGAGGAAGUGAGGGUGGACAAAGUGGUGUCGGCAGACUCCAAGGAAGCCAAGCUGUACCUGAGCAGCCAGAAGGAGGAGGAGGAGCUGCCCCCCCCCUCGGCGGGGCAGCCCGGCACCAGCGCCAAGCGGGCGGCGCCGGGCAUGUCGGGCCUGUUGGGUCGCCUGGGCUCCAAGAAGCAGAAGAUGAGCACGCUGGAGAAGUCCAAGAUGGACUGGGACGCCUUCAAGUCGGAGGAGGGCAUCGCCGACGAGCUCGCCAUCCACAACCGGGGCCGCGAGGGGUACGUGGAGCGGAAGAACUUCUUGGAGCGCGUCGACCACCGCCAGUUUGAGAGAGAAAAGGCCGUCAGACAGAGCAACACCAAACAAUGACACACACACACACACACAGUGGAGCAGAUGGACAGAGUGUGUGUUGCCCCGGAGCGGUUUCACGACGGGCCGCUCAGUGUUUCCUGUGCUCUGUGAGAACCAAUCGGAAUGCUUCACAUCAAAGAUCUUCUUGGGGGGGGGAGGGGGGGGGUCUGUUGCUCCCUCUCGGACCCUGGCGGUCCCUCCCAAACACAGAGACCUUCAUCGUGUCCUCAGACAACGAGGUUACUCCUCUUCAUGUCUCAGGACACCAGGACCCUCCUACCUGAAGGACGCUCCGACCUGAAGGACCCUUUGAACUUUGAAGACCGUAGCGCUCUGUAGGUCCUUUGUGUUGCAUUCCUCACAUGGUUGGUUCUAAUGUUCGACCGGAUCAGCUGUAGAAGUCCCCCCCCCCCCUGCAGUGAACAACAUGAGGAGGAGGAGGAGGAGGAUGUUAUGUUCAUGUAAAUAUUAGACGGUCAAUAAACUGAUCCUUUUAAAUACGCUGGUUGAUGUCUUGUUUGUUCUCUGCAGUAGUGAUGAAGAGCCUCUUCAUCGUCAUCAUCACUCCACCAGUAAGAUUUUACCCCAAAACGUAAUGUCAAUAAAAUGUUAAUGAACCAACAACCUGCAA